CUGAUAGCGUCUGAGCCACCAUGGGAACCCGAGGAGACGUGUAUCCAUUAGGGUUCUGCAUCGCCCUGUGCCUGUGGGGCACCAUGGCCCAGAAUCAUGGCGUACAAGGUACCACUGAGGACUGUAACAACCAUAUGCUGUGCCCAGCAAACGCCAAGUGUGUGAACAACACCCACUGCACCUGCCUGGAUGGAUACCAGCCAAGGGGGAAUUACUUCUUCACCGACCCAAUGGAGACCUGUGACGAUAUUAAUGAGUGUCUGGGGCCGAGCCCGCCAGACUGCGGCCUCAACACAAAGUGCAUCAACAUGGCUGGGACUUACUCCUGCACCUGCAUCGAUGGCUACGAGCCCAGCUCAGAAAGCCAACUUCAUGCACAUAUUAACGAGUAUCUGGGGCUGAGCUCUCCAGACUGUGGACCUCACGCAAAGUGCAUCAACGUGAUUGGGAGUUACUCCUGCACCUGCAUCGAUGGCUACGAGGCAGCUCCGAGAAAGCCAACUUCAUGCACGCAAGUGAGAACAGCUGCCAGGGUGAGCUCUCCCCUGGCCCCCACCUGGUGA